AUGUGGAAUGAGAAAAAGAUGAAUUUUAAACUUAAAAAACAAGUAUUUUUUGGACGGAUAAAAUUUUUUUACGUUCUGAAGCAGAAUACUAUUGGCAUUUUCGUUGGGACUCUUAUCGAUAUUGCUAUGAUUAUCGUGCCUUUUGAAGGAUGCUAUCGACAGGUUGGAACAACACUGGUGAUAACCGAAUAUUCCGGUGCUGCUGCUGCUUCGGCAUCCAAAAUUGAUGAUUCACAAACGCAUCCGAUUGGUUUGGAACCGAUUGAGCGGCUUAUUUUUAUCAAACAACAACAGCAAUGUUCCUAUUGCUGGUUUUUUCCAAAAAGAACAGGAGAAAGUAACGAAAGCACCAGUAGCAGCAAUCUCGAGAACGAUCAAGAUCCACAUUUCUUCUGCCUUCGAUCGAGCACAGAAACAAGCAGCAGUGGUAGUAACGGUGGAAUUUUGGAUGUGGAUCGGCUCAUGCAACGAACAAUCUUCCUUCCGACUGCUGCUGAUUUCACAACGAACAGAAUUCUGCAACACGUUCCAAUGAAUCUGAUGAAUGGUACUUCCGCAAUACAGGCUCCUACAAGCAAUACGAUAGGUUGGUGCUUACUCAAAUUUACAAUCCGCGGCCUACUCCGCGCAUUAUUUUGCGUGGUGCAUUUGCCUUAUUAA